AUGUAUACAGUCCCUUCGUUUUCUGUCGCCCUAAGCAGGAACGGACGGUUUGUUAGACUGAGCUGCAGACAAAACGGACGAGUCGACUUUUUCCGUCCCAGGUCAGCUGUCCUCGUUUUUCGGAUUCUCGUCUCCAUAUUGACGCUGCAACGUCUCUAUCCCUUACAACUGGCCACAAGUAGUGUCUCAAACAUUUGCAAAAUCGUAAAAUUGCCCUUACGAAUCUUGCACACCGAGCGAGUUCGGCUUCAUAGAGGCCAAUCAAUCUAGAUUGGUUGGCUGCUGCUGUUGUUAUCAGGUUCUAACAGCUAUCCAUUGACUUCAAGGAAGUCAUCUCGGAUACUGAUAGAUCGCCUCAUUGGUUUGAUGACAAUUCGACCGCGGAUGCAUUGGAUGUGGGCUGUCGACCUGUUGUCACGAAGUCCGCAACAUGAAGGCGCCCGUACAGUUUCGGGUUGCUUUUGACCGCCAAACCAGCUGUUCACGCAUGACCCCAUUCGUCUUCCACAGAAGUCAGUUUUUAAGCGUACUGUGACCCGAACGUCCCGGGCAGUGCGAUUCGUAAGCGUCAUGCGCAAGUUACCACCCGACAAUUUAAUUCAAAUUAUGCGUAUACUCACCACGCCUCGCGUAAAUCAUACUACUCCCACAUCCUGUUUCAGCUGAUACCUAGGGACAUUGGGAAAUCAUCUUCAGUUGUUAUAUUCGACCUCUUCGUAUCUGUAUGGAUGUCACAAUGAUGAUAUAUUUAAACUUUCGACGACACGACCGCGGACUUAGAAGAGAUCCCAGCACAUGUUACGGAACUUGCCCCCCUUACUUUAGGGUCAUAAGUAGACGGUUGACAAAAUGCAUAAUAACGUCUUCUCAUUCAGAAAGUCUGAUCCAAAUUUAAUGUUUCUCUGUAAGCUUCCGCGCUAAAUAAAAGCGAAGUCGUAAAACCGGACCUCAUGAACCAAGCUCUCUUCGAACUCCCCGCGACAGUCCUAGUUUGUUGAGGGCAUAUUACAGUCUGUAACCGGUCUCAUUAAAUGUCAGCCUAAAUUGUGGUAUGCGUUUUCGACUAGGAAGGAUUACUUAAGUGGGGUUGUAGUACCGAUUCUCGUGCGGCAGAAUCCCACAAUAUUUCGGACGCCCUAGGAUUCUGGCUUUUCAGUGCACUUUGUUUCUGCCGCCGAUAAAAAAUCGCUACGUUAGUAUUUUGCACUAUUUCCAUUGAUUUUCGAUGCUCGCAUAAACUGGAAUGCAGUUUCUAGAAGGCAUGCAUAAAAAUAUUCUAUUGUGCUUAUCUGGUAGUAAAUAACUUAUCCAAUAGUUUCACCCAAUGUAUGGACAUAUUUGAGUUUUAAAACGUUUUUCGAUCCCCGAAUACUUUUGAGCCCGAUUAACCGUUCCAUUUGCGUCUAGGCUUUUAGUCUACGAGCUUUAUACUUUCAGUGCGGAGAGAGUCAUACCUUCCUCCAUACUAUUCGAAAGAUACCAUAUAGGGCUCAUAAAAUUUUACAACUGAUAUGGGCGGACACGAUCGUGCUUGAAUGCAUAUGAAACGGUCGUAACAAAAUCUCAUAUUUAAGUGCACCCUUCCCUUGAGCAUAGCAUUUACAGAAAUUAUUAGCUACCAAAUGAGUACUAGGGGGAAUAUUUUUAGACAUGUUUUCUACAAAUUAUAUUUGAAUUUAUAGCGGCUGCGAAAAUAAAUAGAAGUAGUGCAUGCUACUCAGGUAGUCAUUUUUUGCUGAGCGCGGUCGCCAAGAGAGUUCGAAAAAGUGCAUCCAAAAGCCAGAACCCUGCCAUGUCUGAAGUAUCAUGGGUUUAUGCUGAAUGAUAAUCAAUGUUACAGCCCCACUUAGAUAAUCCCUCCUAAUCCAAAACGCAUUUCACUAUUUCGGUUACAUUCCUUGAGACCGGUCACCUACCGUAUUGUUGGACUUUAACACCAGGAAUGUCACCAGGAAAGACUUUAAGUGCGGACUAUCACGUUAUCGUCGUUAGGAAUUAGAUGUUUAUUAUGUUGCUAAGCGUUAUUAAUAUGACCGGUGUCAUAAUUUUCCGGACGAAAAAAACCGGUUCUCUUUUGAUGACGGGAAAUAUCUUACGGGAGCCAACGUGUCGCCUAUUUUCUGACUGCCAUAGUGAUUUUUAACAGAAGGCAUGAUCAUUUCAUAAAUGUGGUGGCUAUAUUGUUACGUCUCAGUUCCUAAAACAUUUCGUUUAUAUCGUCCCGGUAGAGCUGCGUUUCAUAAGGGAGUUCUGAACGUUGCUCAUCUUGGUCUGUGAAAGCUCGCCCGAGUGGGAAGGUUAUCAUUUACCAGAACAAAUCUCAAGCUGCCUUUUAUCGGCAAUUAUUGGCGGUGCCGUGAAGACAAACUUGAACUUGGUUAGACAAUAUUGUUAUUAUUAAUUCUACUGAAUCUGAGGUUGCGUAAGUCUCAUAGUGAAAGAGGAAAUAAAAUAACUUGUCAAAAGAAGAGUGGGCGUUCACCGGGAGGGAUUUAUUUGAGAUCCGACGUUUCGGGUAGUUUACACGUCUACCCAUCUUCAGGGACUGGGAGGUCCUGUGCACAGCACUCCUUAUUAUGGCGCCCUUUGUCCAAUGCGUGAUCCGCCAAUGCCGCCUGUGUGGCUGCAUCCAACCCGCAUGUCACCGUGACCUGAAUCGCCCCCGUCGGCCGCGGUGAUGACUGACGGCCCCGAUUGUCCCGCGCCGUGAUUGUCCCCCGCUAAGAAGGUUCGUAAAGUCAGUGACCUGCUACGUCAAAAUUACGACGGGGGCGAUGGCCAGCCCACAGCUCAGGACUUCAUAGAACUCAUGGGACACUGCCUUAAGACAUUCUUUACCUUCGAAGGGACCACGUACGAGCAGAUCAAGGGCACUCCGAUGGGUUCACCAAUCUCCGGACUCAUUGCCGAGGCGGUUCUCCAAAAAAUCGAGAGACGACUAUUCGAGGAGUGCAAACCCAAGUUUUGGGCACGCUACGUUGAUGACACCUUCGGGAUCAUAGACCAGGAUAAAACCAACUACUAUGCGGAAGUACUAAACACAAUCAUGCCCGAUCUACAGUUCACGAUGGAAGAGGAAGUCAAGGACAAACUUCCAUUCUUGGAUGUUCUCGUCUGCCGCCAACCAAAUGGCGAACUAGCGACGUCGGUCUACAGAAAACCGACGAACACGCUGCAAAUUCUCAGCUACAACAGCAACCACCCGCCACAACACAAACGAAGCUGUGUCCGCACGCUGUACCGACGACGGGUGGAAACUCAUUGCAGCACGCCAGCCGCCAAACUGAAUGAGAUAAAGCUCCUCCGAGAACUUUUCAGAGCCAAUGGCUAUCCGCGGGCAUUCAUUGAACGAAGCCGGAGGCAGCCAAAGAAACGGAACGAGGAGCAUAGUCAGCCAAACUCGUGGCAGAGCAUUCCGUACAUUAAAGGGGUCUCCGAAGUCGUGGCUAGAUCACUCGCGCCACUCGGAAUAGGUGUUGCCCACAGGCCUGACUCAACAAUCCGCCGGCAAGUGAUGCGGCCGAAAGAUCCGAUCCCUAAGCAGGAGAUGUCGGUCGUUGUCUACCGACUUCAAUGCAGCUACGGAAGUUGCAACUACGUUGGGGAAACCGGCCGACGGCUGCAAACGCGAAUGCACGAGCAUAAGUUGGCCGUGCGAAGGUUGGACCCAAAGUCGGAGGUAGCAACCCAUGCCGCGCAAAUGGGACACAUCUUCAACUUUGACGCCGUUGAGAAUGUGGGCCGAGGCAGCGAUCACACAGCAAGGCAAGUGCAAGAAGCCUGGAUGUCCACCGACCGCUCUGUCAACCGCCACAUCAAUUUGCCUCCCCCUUAUCUGACUUUACGAACCUUCUUAGCGGGGGACAGUCACGGCGCGGGACAAUCGGGGCCGUCAGUCAUCACCGCGGCCGACGGGGGCGAUUCAGGUCACGGUGACAUGCGGGUUGGAUGCAGCCACACAGGCGGCAUUGGCGGAUCACGCAUUGGACAAAGGGCGCCAUAAUAAGGAGUGCUGUGCACAGGACCUCCCAGUCCCUGAAGAUGGGUAGACGUGUAAACUACCCGAAACGUCGGAUCCCAAAUAAACCCCUCCCGGUGAACGCCCACUCUUCUUUUGAUAUGCCACCUGGGAAUCGGAUUUUCACUACUAUUGAUGAAAAUAACUUGUCUGGUUCAGCUUUGAUUAGGCUUCUUUUAUUCGACCUCGAUAGCCGUUUCUGAAUGGCUACUUGUUAGGCGCCGGGUCUGGUCGGCUUGGUUCAUGCUUUUCAUCAAAUAUCAAGGGUUACUGAACUAUCCUGACAUUUUGGUGGGCUCUUACGAGUCAUUUUGGCUUAUUAACUGUUCUCUUAAAUCAGUAAUAUGGCCGGUUUAUUUGGUUGGUGCUCUCCCAUCCCAAUGUCGUACGUAUCCGAUAUGCUCAUGACUCGGUACUGCCAGCCGGUCUUUUUACCUCCUGUCAGUCAUACUGUUUGUACUCUAAGCGGUUUUCAUUAUGCCUUCUCCGGCUGUCUUCAACGAUCAGUGCUAGCGGAUCGGUUUGAUUUGGCCCAUUCUCCUUUUCAGCAACAAAACGGCAUAUGCAAGAUUCAUUUUCAUGUCAUGACUGGAAGUGUCGACUCAGGUUUUGAACUGGCAGUCUCUUCUUUGACUGUGAUAGCAUAACACCCACGAGCACACCUAAGCUACUUAAGUCAUCCUUCCUAAAUGAACGGAUAUAUUUUUGAGGUUCUUUCGCAUCAAGUGUGGACUCUCUUUUGAGACCCAAUAUGUGAAAUUAAUUCAGAGGAUCUUACUCGGGCCUGACAAUGAAAAACCGCUCACUCUUGUAUUCAGUACGCACAGCCUAGCUUAGCCGGAAUAAUGCAUAUUCGCAUCAUUUCGUAUAUUCAGUAGCUCCAAAGGUGGUAGCGCGUGGAUGGCAAACGAAAAGCAUCUGGAUUUAGCGUCACGGCUGAAAAAAAGUUAUCAAAUAAGCUAGUUCGUUCGCCAGUGCUUCAAAACACAGGAUAUUGGUGUAUCAUAUUUCCGACUGCGAGACUGCUUCCUGCGACACAAGAACUGCUAGUUAAAGUCUGUCCACUUUUAACUAUAAAAGUACAAUGAGCACACACCGAUUUGCAUGAAGUGUCGGAAAGACCGGUAAGGAUAAAGUAUUUGGCCGAGGUAGGGUUACUAACGUGAACUGCCCAUCAUAUUUACACAGGCUCGUCUAUUUUCUACACUGAUGAGAUUCUACGCAGUAUUAUACUACCAAAACCCGGUAUCAGCUACAAAGGUGUCGUGGCGGUUUCCUAAGGACGUGGUAAGUACUGACUUAAAACGCAUAUCUGGCCUUUCGGCCUGCGGGAAUUGUAUGCCAGCUGACUCAGCUUCGAUCAGUAGUCUGUCGCAGUCUGUAGGCAGUCACUCAUGAUGCAGCGAGCUUGCAACACGGGGCCGGCUGCAUCAAUCAUGUCGAAUGCCGUCACAGGCAGGAGUACUAAGUCUUCCGAUUGUAGGAAUGCCUAAAAUGACCGUCGAAUUAGCCCACAGCAGCUGUUGUAUCAAUGUCGGCCGUUUUUUCCAGUCACGAUCCUUUUGCUAAGUGUUGUAUCUAGCAGGUGGCGACCCAUUACACAUUUUACCACCAACAGCAGCUGAAGUCAGAUUUAUUUGAGAUUUCAGGUAAAUUGGUGUGUGCCCAUUCCAUUGUUAUACUUAAAAGUGUUCACGCUUUUAACUGACAACUGUUAUGUUCGCGUAGACGCUCUUCAAUACUCUGACGUUUGAAGCGCCAGUGGACAAGUUAGCUCAUUUGGUAACUUUUUGUCCAGUCGUCACGUCAAGUUCUGCAGAUGUUCGUAGCUUGUCAUCCACUCACUGAUACCUUUAAAUGUAUUGGUAAUACGAAGGGAGACAAAUAUGCUAGUCGAAUUGGCUCCUAUACGAGUCAGAAAGCCAGAGUUAAUGCGACUGUUGUCCGAAAGAUCCCAUGUUCUCCAUCGUACUGAAAUUAGUCCAGUUUUGGACAUUCCUCUGUUUUUGCUGCUUCCGCAGUCCGUCGCUGGAGACUCAACUACGACUCACAAGCGAGGCCGUUUUUUAUUCAGUAUGUUUGAGACGCAAACAGUGGUUCGGCGGCACAUACUUCCAGAUAUUUGCGCAAAAAGCAAAAAAUUAUACUCAGGACAAUCAUUUCUGUGGAGACCCCCAUUGAUUUCCAUCUCGCUGGAUCUUACGCCUUAUCUUCUAGUUCAUUCGGUCACCCACACUUUAACCCCCUUCCAUAUUAUCGUUUAGAAACCUGUCAGCCGCACGGGACUCGAAACAGGCCGAAAAACCGUCGGGGUUUUCAGCCUGCCGAAAAUUCCGGGGUACAACGCGCUUUGAAAGGUGGCGCUGUCGCCAUACUGCUGACGUACUUUGGACUGUUUUUCGGUUAGCACACCUCGUGUGGCAUUUUCUUCGGUUGCCUUCCCGACGUGGACUUUUCGGGUAGGUGUCUGUGUACGCGUUUGUGCGUGUGUGUGUGUGUGUAUCUACACGCUUCAGUAUCUCAUUAGGCCACAUAAAAUUCCACAGAGUUUUCAUUUUAUAGUCCUGCGGUCGUUAUUGAAUACGUCGGAAUCCUACGGACUCCGCGUUUUAAGUCACUGAAGGACGAAAAGGCUGCAUCGAUCGUAAAGUGAAACUAGGAUAGUCGUUUCUCACCGUUUCGCCUUCAUCAUCCAGUCUUUCCUCAGGCCAGACUGACCGUGUUUUGAGAGUGCUCAUCCCUCCCUGUCUCCUCUUUCCCGCGUCAUCAUCCGUUUCUUCUAGCCGUCCAUAACGAAGAAGGUCGGUGCAAAUACCUUAAAAGGCACUGAUAGCCCAAAAAAGUAGUUUGAGAAAGUAUUUGCGAAAACUGCGCCCCCAUGGCUGGAACGAAAACAAGAACCACACUGGCUCGUGGCACGCUUUAGUUGGGCUUGUCUGCGACUGUCUCUGGUUCAAAUGAAAAUCCGAAGCGUCAGGCCAAUAAACUUCUUCUUCCAAUGAUCGCAUCGUCUUUUAAUGACUUUAUGUAUGCUAUGGAUGUUAUUUACUAAGGUGAGUGCGGUAACGGUAGAUAGAAGCAUGUUGCGCCCAGUAACGGAUUUAUUUGGAGUGUGUGCAAUGCAUUACAGAGAUGUUUCCUGGGCUAAUUAAACUCAAAUAGGGAAUAAUUUCGUCCAAGUAAACAUGUUUCAGCAAAAAGAGUUGGAAAAAGACAGCCGCUCGAAGUCCACGCUUCAGUCAGUUUAGAAACCACAACCCUGUGAGUUGAUAAUGAGACCAAUAAGAGGUAGAACACACUCUUUACAGAUUAUUUUAACUAAUAAAAUUUCGUUGUCCACCGCGUGCUCCACGGCAAAGUUAGGCAGGCACAGUGACUUGCGCCUGAUUUGAUUUAUAGUGAGAUAUGCAGAAACCAAACCAAUGCUUACGCAGGCGAAACCAGAGACCAAAUCCAACCGACCCCAAAUUUUUGCGAGCGCGUCCGUACGUGAAGGACGUCUCAGAAGUCGUUUGUCGCUUUUUCACUCCACUUGGAGUGGGGGUUGUAGACAGGCCGGAAGCAACCAUCAAGCGCCAAGUCACGAGGCAGGAAGGCCCGCUGCCACGACAGAAGACGUCUGGAGUUGUUUGCUGGAUCUGGUGCAGCUGCGGACAGAACGACUACUUCGGAUAAACUGGGAGAUUACUCCGGACGCGCAUGAUUGAGCACGCAGCAGCGGUGAGGAGGAGGAAAGACGCCAGCUUUCCGGUGGCAGCUCAUUCCACAGAACCCGGCCAUAUUUUUUAAGUUUCAAGAGACCGAAAUGCUCGCAAAAACUGACAACCUCGUGAGCCGCUGGCUGCUCGAAUCGUGGUUUUCGGGCCCGCAAUCCAUCAGCAAGCGCAAUGACCUCCCGGCACCAUAUCCGGCGAUGAGAAUUUCCCUGAGAAGUGGAAUCAAUCACGUAUGGAGGGCGCGGGCACUCAACUAUCCUGGUGACAGCGGACCAAGUUGCCGAGUGAUCCUCACGUCAACAUCCAACACGGAUGAUGAAAUUGCGGCAACUAACGUCUCGGGCGCGGACUGACGAGCCAUCAUCGCCUUAAUUACGACCCCCAGCAGUGAUUACGAGAGCUGUUAAUUAUAGUGCGCAUGUCGCCCCACGGCAGCUACUUCCUAUAAAUACUCAAUCUUUGUGUCUCCACCACCUUUAUCUGCAACCGUCUCUGAUGAGGUGUUCAAGUGAGAAUCUGAUGCGUCAGGUCAAUAAACUUCUUGUUCCUGUGAUCGCAUCUUCUUCCAUACUAAGUCUGUGUGGCGCUUUAACUGUUGAAGUGCAUGCCUGUGACACACGUUGGACGGGGACUCACGCCAUAUCAGCAAUCGCCCCCAAUCUUAUUACCAGUCAGCCGACAGGUUAGAGCAGGCCACGCCGCGCUAAAAUGCAUGGGUUGAGAGUUUUCUAGCUGGCACGAUACGCUACAACUUCAGGUCGACUUGCAAUGGUUGCUUACGGUGUCUACUUGACCCCAAUGACCCCUCCUCCUUUGAAGCUUGUUUCGUUUAGACUUAAACACUUAGUCGUGUGUGGCGCGUACUUGGGAUGUUUGAUUUGGUCACUCCACUGCAAUUUCAGAUCGUUUUGGCAUCGUGCUGUCAUCGGAACGCGGUGGCCAGUAUACGGAGGGAAAUUAGGUGGAUUUAAUGCGGACAAUUGAAAGGCAUCCCAGAAGAAAGAGGAUGCGAGUGAGGCAGGUGAUCUUGGCGGCAACAGCUGGUUCAUUUCCGAUGACAGCCUAACCUUGCUCACUUUCGAAAACGAGCGAUCCCAUCAUCAACUUGUGCAGCUCUCUCGCUUCUAAGUCAUCUUUUUCGUCUAAAGUCGGCAAUUGUGUUUGUUCGGGUGAAACUGCGUUUCGCACGAUUUCGGAAAAAUCAUUUUGUCGUCCGCAAAUAAACUAAUCACAGAAAUCUUCCACACUUUUGCCUUCUUGCAUAAUUGUUUGAUCCCGGCCAUUACCGGUAGUUAGUCUCAAGCGGCUCGUUUAAGCUGCGAUUAACGUUUUUCCGACCACCCCAGCACUAUGCAAGCGGCCUUGCCAUGGGCACUUUUCUACUGCUCCUAAAGAGUCCAACCUUCUACCCCCAGUAAUCCCUCAGCGACUUUCAUUUAUACGCUGGAUACUCCUACUGUCAGAAUUUGUUCCGUACAUUUUCUUUUUUGGUUAGGCCCAUGAACAGAACGGAAGACUAGGCUAACAUCACCAAAAACACACGACGCGCCUCCUACGUCAGACUGACGACCUAAUUAAUCUGCUAGUUUUCUCUUCAAUUCACCAAAUCCCAGAUUUAUGAUGUAUUAAGCUGGCAUUUUUCCCGUUUUUUUUUCCAGUGGCAUGGAGGCCCCCGUCUACGGGGAGGUUUCCGAGAAAAUAUUCAGGAUAAUCUUGCCAAUCCCGCACUUAAAGGCUCCCGCUAAACUCGUGCCCGUGUUCAAGGGAGCGAGUGGUCAAUUUCGUGAGAAUAAGGCUGCAACUGCAGCGAGUGGAGAUUGCAAAGCCGUCUUUACCGUCUUCUUGAAAAACGGCACGAUCGAGGGCGAGAUUUCUCCUCUGUGAGUCAGUUUGCUUUACUUGCCUCUAUAAUUUGUACAUCGGAAGUAAUAAAGACCACUGCUGUGCCAUAGAGCAUGCAGCGACGACUUCUGCAUUCAUUGGACGUAUAGUGAGGUGGAAUUGACGAUAGCACAGGCUCAAGGUGACCUGUGAAGGCACUGAAAGCAGUGACAAGCAUGAUGUGAAAGCCGCCGCCGCCGGCGCGUGUCACUCACGAGCAGUUUCCCUCAAUCUUCACGGGGCACUCUUCAAAGAGGGGCCCUCAAUCUCCUGCUGAGGGGAUAUCAUAAGGAACGCAUUAGAGGGGAGUCACUGCAUUUCGAUACUCAACCCCAAGGUCAGUCAAGUUAUCCAGUCAGCUGGCAACGUUCCAAACCGCGACUUUUAGCGCGUCGUGGUAGUUCAACAACGCAUUGUCAUGCCCUAAAUUCGUCGUCGGUCAACCAUACUCUCCUUCCGCUUUCAUGCCAGGGACAAUUCGGAGCCCUUUCGUGCGGCAUUGCGAUUGAACGUCUUAGCCGACACUGCUAUGUGCAUGGCCGUUUUUCAACGAGGAGUCCAGGAUCGCUUACGAGGAGAGGGUUAUCGUAAGUACCGAAUUUCGGAGCUGCUGUAGUCUUACGUGUGCCUAGCUGGAGACCGAGCUAUGUCGUCAGCCGAAAACCUCUAAUUCCACCAAUUCCAUCGUGUAAUAGUAAACUAACGUACGUUUUAUUGCCCUUGAAUGCCACCUGUAUCUACGAGGUGGACAGACCCAUUGAGUGCGUUGUGACACAGUGAACCAAGGUACCCCCGCCUCUUGUAGAAACUCACCGAAAUGGCGUCGUGUGGGUCGGACAUCUUUGGAGCUUGACAUGCACUGAAAUGAGAUGACUGCCGGCUGGGCGGUUAGAUAGUUCUGCUCCAAUGGAUAUUUCAGGAGCGAAAAGCCAAGUUCAUAGGACUGCGCAGAAUGCUCAAUCCUAUUCACACUCACCUACAUACUUCUCCUGUCCAAGGGAACAGGGAAUUCUGCGGUGGGGGCGGGGAGCCACGAUGUCCCCGACUACUGUAGAAAACAAUAGACACACAAUGGGACAAUCUUAUCGAACGCCUCUAAUUUGUACACUUAUGCCACCUUAUUGCCACGUUACUCUUACCUCAUCCUCGAAAAGAGCGUGAAUAGUUUCCAUAAUGUCCAUCCGUACUUAAAAUAUAUUGAGAACCUAUCUGGAUACAUCCAGUUGGGGUCACAGAACCAGAAGGCAUUUACGAUGAAGCCGGUUCGAAUCGUCCGACCUGAACUCACAUAUUAGGGCUCGCAUUAAAAUCGCUGGCAAGGGUAGGGUAUGUAACCCCUGGAUGGUUGCAUAAAAGCCUCACUCAGGUGUACUUCAUAACGGUUUGCCUGGCGGUAGGUUAUGCAUUAGACGGGUUUUGGCCUCCGAUAGCGUUACUGACACUAAAGUUGUACGUUUUGGGCUCAGGGUUUGGGCAGCGGUUGGAAUUGGUGUUAGUUGGAUUAUUUCUGGGACUAGGAUUGCCAAACUUGGGUUAGGGUUUUAGGGCUUGACUUAAGGUUAUAGUUGCCCCCGAGUCUUCCUUACAUGAUUCCAGGUUGAAUAUUUGCCAUUGCAGGCAUGACCAUGGUUGACGCUAGGUUUGUGGCUAAUUACGCCCGCCGCUCCCCCCCCCUGCCCCAAGGUGGUUACAUACCGUACCCCUGUCUGACGUCUGAUCGACACAAAUGUCUGUACAUCCUCCUAUUGGGGGUUUUUGCCACAGGCCCAACAACGUGGUUGCGCUGAAUACAGUGCGCUCGUUUUGCGAGUCAGCGGUAAGAUACUGAUUGAUUCACACAUUUGGCGGACGGGUUAUGUCUGUGGACCCGCUGGCACGAAAUUGUCUCUCAACAGGUACGCUCUCUGGCUGCGUGAUUUCUUUGUUUUCAUCGUCUCGGCCUGGCGAAUCCCCUAUCUAACUUUCAAAUCGCCCAAUUGUUGGAGACAUACUUGCAGUCGGAGUGGUUUCAGGGAACUUUUCAGGGGCCUCUAGUCAGGCUGGUUUUAUUGCGGCCUCACGGGGUGAGUUGCUCUUUGAGCGUUUACCCCUGAAAACGUAGAUUCAGGUGGCCAUUUCUGACAUCCUAGCCGUCGCCAGUCAUCCACACCCUUAAGCCAGAUCAGGUAGAAUUAUGAUUUCGUCCCCGGCGUGUUGGUCAGCGAGCAUUUGAGUUGAAAAUGCUCUGCCAGUGUGGUCGCCAGGCCGCGUCCUUUUGACAAAUUAGCGAGCGGUGGCCACUACAGCCUUUUCACUUCCCUUUCCGCUCGAUCUACUGCAUCCAACCGCCUGAGGCUCCAAGGCAAAAUAAUGCCAUCCUAGCUGACUGACUUGCACCGCUUUCAUGUCUCUACAACCGUCGGAUAUCAUUAAGUUCGAAACAACGUUGUACGUUUUCCUGGUGGUCCGUUCAGCCUCCGCCAUAUCCGCCCGACAUGUAUACGACAUUUCGAGGCCAAUCCUUGGAAAGUGUGGCGCUUUAAAUGCGUCUAAAGGGACGGCGGUAGCAAACUUUGUCGCUGCCCAUCUGUCCCCACUCCGAUAUUCGUCCAAUCAAAUUUACCACUUGUGUCGUCUGGAUGCAUAACGCUCACUGUAUGUUUGUUGGUUUUCGAGUCCCUGACCGUUCCUCAGGCGACAGGGCACUUGAUCAGAUUUCGAGAUGUCAUCGGUUGGGACCCAUCCUAGGGCGAAAGUGUUCUGCCUGUGCGAAGUGAACAGGUUUCAGUUGCGUCAGUUUGUGAUAGUUUCACGGAUUAUGAUCGCCGGAGAGGAGUUUCAGGGAACCGGAUGUCCUCCUCGAUUCAUCUCCUUGGCAAAUGGUCGGGGUCAUCGUGACGCGGGCGUUCUGAACGCCUCUGUUUCGGUCGCCGUUCGCCCUCAUCAAGACUCCGUCUUAGCCGCUGGGGUGCAUGAGAUUUUUCAAUGCGUUGCCAAGGCCUCACUCCUCUUUUCUUUUUCAUUUUCUUUUUUUCCUCCUUUUUUCCUCUUUUUCUCUUUCUCCUCUUUUCCUCUUAUCUGGAAUUGUGUAAUUAUCUACCGCACUGACAACACAAGUACCAGCUAGAAGCCCAGACAUGUGUGUUUUGAUAAUCUCGUACUGCUGCCUGACACAACUGCGAGGGGUUCGGCUCAUUAGUGGGUCCCCCAACCUUCUCCGUGUGUUUUCUGCUACAUGAACUUCCGUUUCACCUUUCCUUGUUUAAUUUCCGAGAAAAUUAAUGCGCGAACUUGGAGUAGAUCCUUCGGAACAGACCUUUACAGGCACGGCCCGGAAUUUGAUAUGAAUAUUGGAGCUGAAAUCCGUCAGCUACUGCGGAAUAAUCGCGUAAUAUUCACAGAGCGUCAACAGGCAGUCGGCAAUAUAGAAUUGUGUGAUUAUUUACCGUACCGACAACACAGGUACUAGCUACAAGCCCAGACAUGCGUGUUUCGCUGGUCUUGUAUCGAUGCCGGACGCAGCUGCGAGGAGUUCGGCUCAUCAGUGGGUCCCCCAGCCUUCCCCGUGUGUUUUCUGCUAUGUGAAUUAUGAAAAUUUGUGAGUAUUAUUAGCAUAGGUAUCGUGUACGAAAGACGUCAGCAACUUUUCCUACUUUAUUUAGCGCCUCGUCCAAAUUCCAUUGAAUAGUUGGUCGCUCCUGCAGAGCUCAGGUCCGAGACUAUUGUUUAUGUUUUGCAAUUUAAAUCAAUGCCAACCAUGCAUUGAUCGUGCCCUCCGGGCGCUUAACAAUAAAGCUACUAUACAUCGCCAUCUUUUUUUCAGAUCCUUGAAAGUCCGCUGCUCAUUGCGGGAGCCAAUAGUGGACCAAACCUUCACAGUGCCUGAACUUGUCGCCGAGGUCAUCCCCGGCAAAUGUACAUAUGAGGUAAGUUCCGCCGGUCCUGCUUUUGACUGUUUCAGCACCUUUGGUGGGUGCGAACGCUAUUGUCAGAAUGCAGCCGUUUUAGGGGGUUAGCUCAGGUUGUUUUGUGGUUGCUGGUUUCCGCAAGAGUCAACCCAAAGGAAGGGCGCUGGAACUGACGUGCACCCUAUAUCCUCUAAAGAAGGGAGAAACUUCACUGCUCCCAUAUUCCGGGUAUUUACUUUUUGGAAGAGGCCAAUAUGGAGGAUAUGUUUUUCUUGCGUCAUUUCAAUGAGUCGGAUUGCAAUGGCUCCUUCCUAAUGUGGCCUUCAUGGCAUCCUCAUUGACGUGAGAUCCGAGCCGCCCUUACAGUUCAUGUGGUAAGAGUCAGCUCGCGUGUGGCGCGCGUAGACCGGACGUUUAACUUUGCCAACAGAAGCGAAAAGACGAGUAUCAGGGAGCAGUCUUGAAGAAGGAGACACGAUCGCUGGGACAAGAGCUUUAUUAGCCUGACGUUUCGGAUUCCUGCUAGAAUCCAUCAUCAGAGACAAAAAAGCAGAUACGCGUGGUUCAUGCAUAAGGGGCUGCAGUAUUUAUAGGAUGCAGUAGCCAUGCUACCGCAUACCUAUGAAUAUUCACGCCCCCCCCCCCUCAUCAGGGAUCGUUGCACUUGGUGUGCUAAUUGUUUGAUGGCCGACAUUCGCGUCGUUAAUUGCUGGAAUCUCAUUCUGUGCGUUUGAUGUUGGUGUGAUGAUUGCUCGACCAUCUGAUCCACCGACCCUGGUAUUGGGAAAGGUGUUCACUUGUGCGCUUCCCGCGUGGCCAAUAACUCCGGCUAGACGAAGUCUCAGCACUGAGUAUGGAAGGGGAAGUUCGUUGCACUUGUUUAUGAACUGGGGGCCAGUAAACUAUGACUCAAAAAGCUCCCGGCUCACGCGGUUAUCACCUCUAGAGAGAAUUUCGGCCUCGUCGAAUUUGAAUGUGUGGCCGGAUCUCGUCGAACGAGCCACAACUUGAGAGCUGAUGUCAUUUCUCCGCACCGCUGCAGCGUAUUCGCAAUUCGCGUUCGGAGCUGUCUUCCGGUUUCUCCGACGUAGUUGCUUUGUCCGCAACUGCACCAGAUCCGAUAAACAACUCCAGACGUUCCUAGUCGUGGCAGCGGGUCUUUCGGUUAUAUUACCUGACGCGUGAUCUUUGCCUCCCGUCUGUGUGCAACUCCAACCCCAAGUGGUUCGAGAAGGCGGCCGACAACUUCAGAAACGUUUUUGACAUACGGAAGCGCUCGCCAAAAUCUGGUGUCUGUGCGGUUAGGCUUUUCGUCCCUUUUACGUAUUCACUGGUUGACGAAGUUGCGCGGGUAGCCAUUGGCUUUGAAGACCCGUCGGAGGUAUUGUAGUUCGGCAGCUGUUGGCCGUCAAACAGUCAUCACAACACGUGCAACGAUUCCUGAUGAAGGGAGGAGCCGUGAACAUUCAUAGGUAUGCGGUAGCAUAAAAUCAUACACCGGUACUUUACCUACUCUCCGGGAUAAGCGGUGGAAGCCGUUGAUUAGAACAGUCAAACCUUCGUCGUCAGCAUUCACUUCCCUUCGUCGUUAAUGUUUUGAUCCGGAAGCGCACUUUAUCGCCUUCCAUGUGACUUUCUCCGGAGACCGAGGGUUUCCUAUCAAAGUCCUCCACCCGGUUCAGGUUCUCAUGUCCUCAUCAGGACUCCAGUGUAGACGUCACUGCCGACUGCCUAGAACAUUUGCGGUUAGUUCGGCUUGCUCCCUCUAAUCGACCUCCGCCAGUUUUGCCGCAAAGAAACAUUACAAGAGCCGAUGGUAGUCCAAAUAUCCUUUCCGAAUUAUGCGAUUCUAACCAGCACCCGGAUGCGCGUAUCGCUUUGGCUGGCGGGUAGUUAGUUAUCGGCUUCCGGAUUAGUCACCUCUCCUUGUUUUGCUUUUUUGAGAGUUCCUGUGGAUUUGCCUUCAACUGGGUAGAUAUUUUCACGCCCCCUUGUUCUUCCGUGUGCUUUGCCCUCUGCUAUUUGGUGGCGCGAAACCACGCAAGCUGUAGGUGUUUAGCCGUUACGAGAGGGCCUAACAACCGAGUCUCCGCAACUGAUCCGCAAACCGGCUCGCAACGACGCCGACGUAUGACCAGCUGGGUCCGGCCAGAACAAAUUUGUCGUGUUGUCGACGUCUCAGAGAGCUUGGUCGGCUCUGCACCUUCAAAGCAUUAAAUGUCGAAAAUCGUCCAGAAUUUUAAAUGAGUUAGGCCAAGUUAGUCGGCCCCUUCAUCUACUGUCUCAGCCCUUUAGCAGAUCUUUGGAGGGGAGGGGCUUAACGGCUGCUUGCGUUGUACGUCCUCACCUCGAUGGAGGGUUCUUGGAACUCCGCUCCCCCUUCGGGUGAGUUCGUCUCGGCGCGUGUCUGUUCGAUUUUCCUAAGUUCGGUUUGGCCACUUUGUCCUGGUCUUUAUGUAUGAAAUGACGCGGGGCCUUAUAAGUCGCAGAAGGAUCUAGCUGCCUGUUGAUAGAGUUGGCGUCUGAAUACCACGCCUCUGGGUGCAACUUGUACUGUCCUAAGAUGGCCGCCUUUUGGAGGUCGUAAGUGUGGUCAGUUUCUUCAAUAUGUGCCCCAAGUUGUGGUUUUGAGUGUAGCCUCUGGAUUGCCCGCUUUUGCUCGUGCAUUACGGUGGGCAAUUUCAGCCCGGUUUCCCCGACGUAACUGCAGUCCCCACCUUUGCAACAUAUCUGGUAGACAACUGCUGAGGUCUAGGUAGGUGGCAGUCUGUCCUUAGGUCGAUGGGCAAUGCCUUCUCCGGCGAGAGACCUUCUCCGGUCGAGAGACCGCCUCGAGAAUUCUUUCAUGUAGGAAAUGGCCCUCCAGCCUUCGGGUUGCCGCUCAUCUGGUCGCCAUCUGUCCACUCGGUGCUCUCUUUGCUUGAUAAAAUAGCCUGAGCACUCUAUGACCGGGAAGGUUUUGUCGUUCAGCCCUCUUGUCAGCCGGCACGCUGAAACGUGCUUCAACUCUUUCGAAUAGAGUCCGAACACAGCCAUAUUUGUGUUACAGAGGGCAAUUACUGUUGAAGUAUAGUACUUGCCUUGUGCUGGUGGCUUUUCUGAAUAUUGUACUUUUCAGUUGCCCGGCGUAAUGUAGCCGGUAUACGAAUAACUUCUCCUACUUCGGGCUUUGGUCCUUCGUCCUUAUCAUCGAACAGAAAAUUGCCCAGGUUAGCAAACGUAAGAGAUCCGAGGAAAAAAGAGUGCUCACUGGAUCAAGGGAACUGUAACGAUGGAGACUGCAAAUACGUUGGGGAAACCGGGUGGAAAUUGCAGACCCGCCUACAUGAGCGCAAACUGGCAACUCGAAGGCUGGACCCGAACUCACAGCUUGCGACUCACAUCGGAGAGACUGGCCACAGUUUUGACUUCCAAGGCGCUGCCGUCUUAGGCCGGGGCACCUCGAGGACAGAACGUCUCACACUUGAGGCUUGGUACUCAGAUGCAAACUCCAUCAACAGGCAUCUAGACCUUCCUGCGGCCUAUAAAGUCCUACUUCACUACAUACAGUCAUACGGAACUUAAGAAUACCGAGCAAACACUGCCCGUCGACUAAUUCAUCCAAAAGGGGGCACAAACGCAGUUAACCCCAAUUGAGGUGACUACACAUAACACAGGAGCCCACCAAAAAUCACAAACGACAGCUAGUAGGUCAAAGCAGCGAAUGAAGAAAAAAUCGAUCAGCCCAAGGCCGACUAAUUCGGCUGUCUGUUCAAAAUUCUGAUCGAUCUUCGCACUGAACGCUUUGAUAAUGGAGAGCCGGCCAAGCUAAUCGAAACGUCAGCAAGACAAUUCCCUCGAUCCGGUGAGCGCUUCUUUUUCCUCGUAAAAUUGCCCGUGGGUCCUGUGGUUGUCUCCGACCCGGAGCAUCCCGAGGUGUGCUUCGUUGUGAAGUCGGUCGGUUAACCUCCCCACUGUGGCCGCCGGCUUUUCCUGAUUAAGUCUCAUUUUCCCCAAACGACUCCUAACAAUGAUGCAUCUGGGUGUUUUUUUGGCUUUCUGGGAUACGGUGAAGUUCAACUAGCUGAUAGUUUGCACACAGCCCCGGGUGGCUAAUGUGAAUAUUUAAAAUUCACAAUUAUUUCCGUCACAUGAUUGAUUCCAAUUACUCCUUUUCAGUACUCGGAAGUUUAUUUGGUUUGGGUUAAGUCGGCCCUAGCAUCGUUUGCCUUGCCUUACCACCCUUCAGGAGUCCUCAAUCCAGGCUGAUAAAUCCCCCCCCGCCACCCAGGCGUGACGACUGCUAUCUUAAUUUCUUCUGCCCUUUCCGGUACAUCUUCGAUAUUUUUCACACGAAAACUUUGCGUUCUGGUGUGUUUCUCGGCCUCGCGCCAAUCUUCGACGAGACCUCAGUCAGGUUGGCCUGUACUUAUUCCACCCUCACACGUUUUUCUUGCAGAUCCAAGACGGCGUUGUUAUCAUGAAGCUGUACAAGGCUGAUCGCUCUCGCCCCUGGGCGUUGGAGCUGGCUGGAAACGGACUGAAUUCCAGUAUAUCUGACAACCUUACCACCGACCCGCCGAAGAACGCCUAG